UCUCAUCUGUCAAAAGUGUCACAAUCAUAUGAAAAAUAAUACUUUAUGCGAAUUAUUUCAGAUUAUGAAAUAACUUAAUCUGUUUUAAUUUCAAUCGCAAAAAGAAAUGGCUUCAUUUAUCUUACGUAGAAAUAUCGUAAGCCGACAUUUUAAAAAGCCGUUUUAUCAGAAUAAACGGAAUGCGGGAUACGUUGUACUAAUUCCAGAAAUAGGUGAAGAUGCAGAGAAAAAUGCUUUACUUUUAGACAAUGGUUUGCCUGAAUUUAAUGAUGUUACAAUUGAGAAAUGUAUCGCUUCUAUUAGUAAACAAAGUAUGGAAUACGAGAGUGGUGUAAAACAGGUUGAAAAAUCAGCAGCGGAAUGUAAAAAUGCUUUUGUAGAAAUAUUUCAACCUCUAGAAAAACUUGAUAGCCAACUUGAGUUAACUUGGGGUGUAACUAAAACUUUGUACUUAGGCAAUAGUUCUCUAAUGCCUACAAAAUCGUAUCUACAGAUACAUGAAAGAGCCCAUAAAGCAAGAUCUUCAAAAUUCAAUAGCAUAUCAAUAUUUCAAGCGGCUGUAAAUGAAAAAAAUCGAUUAAAAGACCUUACAGAUGAAGAGCAAAGAUUAUUAGAUAAAUACAUUUUAGAAGGAAGACUAAAUGGUUUAGAUGUAAAAGGUGUGAAGCGGGAAAGAUUGAACAGUAUUUUAACUUCACUGCAGAAGGAGAAGAAUCUAUUCCGCGAGAAGGUAAAUUUUGCAACUAAAGCAUUUAAAAGCACAAUCAGUGAUGAAGAGCUUGUGAGGGAAUUUCCGGAAAGUCUUGCAAAGUCGAUGUCAGUAAACAAUGAUGCAAGUAAAGGUCCAUGGCUAGUUACCCUGCAACCACAUAUCUAUGAACCUUUUAUGCAGUAUUGUCCAGAUAGAGUCCAAAGAUGGAAUGCAUGGCAAGGUUUCGUUCAACGGUGUUCCGGUUAUGGUAAUAAAGAACUUGAAACGAGUACAAUAUUAGAGAAUAUACGUAGUUUAAGACAAGAACAAGCUUCUAUUCUUGGCUUUGAAACAUACGUCGAUAUGAGUAUGGAAACAAAAAUGGCGGGAUCUAUAGAAAAUGUCACUAAUAUCCUAGAUAGUUUGCUAGAAAGUGCUCGACCAGUACAAGAUAUUGAAUUGGAAGCCUUACAAAAUUUUGCCAAGGAAAGAGGCUUAAAUAGUAAACUGGAGCAUUGGGAUAUUCCAUAUUGGCAAAGGAAGCAGAAAUGGUCUUUGUACAACUUUGACGAAGAUAAAAUCCGUGAAUACUUUCCACUACCGAGAGUAGUCAACAGCUUGUUCAAUCUUUGCAGUACGUUGUUUAAAAUUCAGAUCGUCGAGAGAUCCAAUGUCCAGACUUGGCACAAAGAUGUUAAGUUUUACGACGUGUUUGAUGAGUCCAGUAAUAGUCCUAUCGCUGGAUUCUAUUUCGACCCCUACGCCCGUCAGAAUGAAAAGAUCCGCAUAUACGAUGACGCGGGAUGGCAUGUGUCCAUUCGCAAUAAAUGCGCCGUCACGUCAACACAGCCACUCUCCGCGCUGAUAUUUAAUUUCCAAGCUCCCGCCGAAGGAAAACAGUCAUUGCUAUCGUUCAAAGAAGUCACAGUGCUGUUCCAGAGAUUUGGUCACUCUUUGAGGCAUUUGUUAACCAAAGCGAAUUAUUCAGAAGUGGCUGGUCUUUCAAAUGUUGAGUGGGACGCGGCGGAGGUGUGCGGCCAUGUUAUGACGCACUGGGUGUACGAUCCACACACGAUACACGCGAUCAGCGGCCACUACAACACCGAGGAGCCAUUACCAGAUGAAAUUGUACAAAACCUCCAUAACGUGAGACGACACAUGUCCGGAUACGAGCUGUGUAAGGAAUUGUACCUGUCGCGGUUAGAUCUCGAGUUACAUUCAACGAAGACCUUCUGGAGGGAUCUCGUGAGACAGAUAUGGCCGAAAUACAAUGUGUUGCCUUUCGAUAAAUAUGAUUCCCAUCCUUUAUCGUUCACGAAAAUCAUGUCUGAAGAGUGGGGCGCCGCGUACUACUGCCAUUUAUGGUCGAAGAUGAUAGCAGCUGAUAUCUUCAGCGCUUUCGACGAGGCCAGACAAGGAGAUGAGGAUAUAUUGGCCGUGGGGCGAAGGUACAGAGACACGUUCCUAGCAACGGGCGGCGCGUGCCAUCCGAGCGAAGUAUUCAGGAGGUUCCGCGGUAGAGAUCCCUCGCCUCAUGCGCUAUUGAAAAACCUUGGACUGCCCAAAAAGAUUGUAGAGGAAUAGAACAUGUAUUAGUUGUGUAUAGUAAAUUGCUGUUAACUAA